CUCAGCUAAAUAAACACAUACACAUAUAUAUAUAAAUAUAUAUCGAAAGUGGAUUUGUGAGUGAGUUUGUGUCUUUGCUGUAUGAAGCAAAAGGGAAGAGGCUUCAACCGUAGAUCAAGAAGCUUUUCUCGAUCUCGUCGAGCCAUUGAGGGUUCUUAGAAAUUUCAUCAUUUUUAUAAAAAUUAAAAAAAAAAAAAUCCCCACUUCGAAAUAUAAUCAUAAUUUGGAAUAGUAAAUCCAAACAAAGCUCUAAUUUUAUAUUAUUGAUAUUAAUUUGUUCCAUCUUGGAACUAUAAUGGGUUCUGCUGCUGCCUAUGAAAACAAUGUGUUUGAAGAGCGUGAAAUACAAAGGAGUUACUGGAAAGAACACUCUGCAGAUUUGACAGUGGAAGCCAUGAUGCUUGACUCCAAAGCUUCUGAUCUUGAUAAAGAAGAACGACCAGAGGUCUUAUCUCUGCUUCCGCCGUACGAGGGCAAGUCGGUGGUGGAGCUCGGAGCCGGAAUUGGUCGAUUCACCGGCGAAUUGGCUCAGAAGGCUGGCCAACUUAUUGCUCUAGAUUUCAUUGAAGAUGUCAUCAAAAAGAAUGAAGAGAUUAAUGGGCACUACAAGAAUGUGAAGUUUAUGUGUGCUGAUGUUAUGUCACCUGAUUUGAACAUCUCUCAUGGGUCGGUGGACUUGAUUUUCUCAAAUUGGCUUCUCAUGUAUUUAUCUGAUCAAGAGGUUGAGAAAUUGGCAGAAAGAUUGGUGAAAUGGUUGAAGGUGGGUGGGUUCAUUUUCUUCAGAGAGUCUUGUUUUCAUCGAUCUGGAGAUUCUAAGAGAAAAUAUAAUCCCACCCAUUACCGUGAGCCAAGAUUCUAUACCAAGGUGUUCAAAGAGUGUCACACUCGAGAUGAAUCAGGAAAUUGCUAUGAACUUUCUCUCGUGGGCUGUAAAUGUAUUGGAGCUUAUGUCCGAAACAAGAAGAACCAAAAUCAGAUUUGUUGGACAUGGCAAAAAGUGAGCUCAGAGGAUGACAGAGGUUUCCAGAAAUUCUUGGACAAUGUUCAGUACAAAUGUAGUGGUAUUCUUCGUUAUGAACGAGUGUUUGGACCAGGUUAUGUCAGCACUGGUGGCUUCGAAACAACUAGGGAAUUUGUGGAAAAGCUUGACCUUAAGCCUGGGCAGAGAGUUUUAGAUGUUGGGUGUGGUAUUGGAGGAGGAGACUUCUAUAUGGCUGAGAACUUUGAUGUUGAAGUUGUGGGCAUUGACCUUUCGGUUAAUAUGAUCUCUCUUGCUCUUGAACGAGCCACUGGACUUAAGUGCUCUGUUGAGUUUGAAGUGGCUGAUUGCACCAAAAAAACUUACCCUGAUAAUUCAUUUGAUGUGAUAUACAGUCGGGACACCAUAUUACACAUUCAAGACAAACCGGCAUUGUUUAGAUCAUUCUACAAGUGGUUGAAGCCCGGAGGAAAGGUUCUCAUCAGUGAUUACUGCAAGAGUGCAGGAACUCCUUCUACGGAAUUUUCUAACUAUAUUAAGCAAAGAGGAUAUGAUCUUCAUGAUGUAGAAGCAUAUGGGCAGAUGCUUAGAGAUGCUGGCUUUGAAGAUGUCAUUGCAGAAGAUCGCAGUGAUCUGUUCAUUGCAGUUCUGCAGCGGGAACUUGAUGCUGUCGAAAAAGAGAAGGAUGAAUUCAUUAGCGAUUUCUCUGAAGAAGACUAUAAUGACAUAGUUGGAGGGUGGAACGCAAAGCUUAUUAGGAGCACAUCUGGGGAGCAGAGAUGGGGCCUCUUCAUUGCCAAUAAAAAGUGAAUCUAAUGUCUGAAAGUUGCCAUUAUAUAUGCUUGAAUUGGCUUGAAUUUAUAAAUUUAUAAUCUGUAGUAUUCUAUAUGAAUUUCUUGAUGUUGUGUGAUCCUUCCUAUAUAUCUUUCGUGGUAUAUGCCUCUAUGGGGCCUAAAUAUACCCAUAUUACCUAUGUUUUCAGUGACUAUGUGAAUGUUUUUAUUAUCUCUUGAUAAUAAUAAGAACAAGGGUUGGUAAUGUAUGAAUAUCUGGGAA